AUGGAACACUUUGGAGGUGAACUGACUAAGUGUAUUAUAGAAACCUUUCCAGAGUUUGCAGAAGAGCUAGUAAACAUAAUAUAUGACCCAGUUCGUAAGGAUGAAACUGAGGUGAAGUACAUAUUGAAAAGAUCAGGGGUGCAUUUCAUUCACCAGUCAUGGCUUUUUCCAUUGACAAGCUCAUUAACAACAGUGAUUCUACGAGAAAACAAAAUUGUGCAGUUGGAAUCUUGUCUUCCAUGGCUGAUGCCAAAUCUCAUCCACCUCGAUGUCUCUCACAACGCACUGGUCAAGUUUCUAGGACCUUCAGAUCCAUCAGAAAUAUUGUGUCAAAGACUAGAGGAGGUAGAUCUCUCCUACAAUCUCAUAACGGAGGAGUAUCUUGAUGCAUCUCACAACAGUCUGGAGAGGUUUCCUCCAAGUACUGAAGAUUUCUGGAGGGGCAGUCUUGUCACAUUAAAUCUUCAACACAAUAAACUGGAUCAGCUUCGAGAAAACAUUUUGAAACUAGGUACAUUGCAAAAGUUGGACGUCUCCCACAAUCACAUAGAGUUCAUCAUUGCUCCAGAGUAUUGGGACUGCCCCAGUUUGACAGAUUUGAACCUCAGCAAUAAUCACUUGGGCUGGCGCAAAACCGAAAAGCUUUGCUGGAGUUUCCGACGAACAGCCUAG